UGAGUGUCUGAGCAUGAUGGUGAUUCUUUUGAAUUGUGUAACACUUGGAAUGUUCCAACCCUGUGAAGAUGUUGACUGUUCAUCAGAUCGGUGCCAAAUACUUCAAGUGUUUGAUGACUUCAUCUUCAUUUUCUUUGCAAUGGAAAUGGUGGUGAAAAUGGUGGCCUUGGGUAUCUUUGGAAAGAAAUGUUACCUUGGAGAUACUUGGAAUAGACUGGACUUCUUUAUAGUCAUGGCAGGAAUGGUGGAAUAUUCCCUGGAUCUCCAGAAUAUUAACCUUUCUGCUAUCCGUACUGUGCGUGUCCUUCGACCUCUGAAGGCCAUCAACAGAGUACCCAGUAUGAGGAUCCUCGUGAAUUUAUUAUUGGACACACUACCCAUGCUGGGAAACGUUCUUCUUCUCUGUUUUUUUGUCUUCUUCAUUUUUGGGAUAAUUGGAGUGCAGCUCUGGGCAGGAUUGCUUCGAAAUCGAUGUUUCUUAGAAGACAACUUUACUAUACAAGGAGAUAUAUCAUUACCACCUUAUUACCAACCAGAGGAAGAUGAUGAAAUGCCAUUUAUCUGUUCCUUGUCUGGUGACAAUGGAAUCAUGGGUUGCCAUGAGAUCCCUCCUUUAAGAGAACGUGGUCACGAGUGCUGUUUGGAUAAAGAAGAUUAUUACUAUUACAAUUCAAUUCGACAAGAGUUUAAUGUCAGUGGGAUGUGUGUCAAUUGGAACCAGUACUAUAAUGUAUGUCGUACCAGCAACACCAAUCCCCACAAGGGUGCCAUCAACUUUGAUAACAUUGGAUAUGCCUGGAUUGUCAUUUUUCAGGUUAUUACCCUGGAAGGCUGGGUGGAAAUAAUGUACUACGUCAUGGAUGCCCAUUCAUUUUACAAUUUCAUCUACUUUAUUCUUCUUAUUAUUGUGGGAUCAUUCUUCAUGAUCAAUUUGUGCCUGGUUGUCAUUGCCACUCAGUUCUCUGAAACAAAGCAGAGGGAACACCAGCUGAUGCAGGAACAGAGAGCUCUUUAUUUAUCCUCUAGCACGGUGGCUAGUUAUGCUGAACCUGGGGACUGCUAUGAGGAGAUCUUUCAAUAUGUUUGCCACAUCUUAAGAAAAGCUAAAAGGCGUACUGUGGGUCUUUACACCAGCCUCCAGAGCCGUCGACAGAGUCGCCAUGAGCUGACCAAGGCAAAGCUUGGGAUCAAUGGAAAGGAACCUCACCAUCUGUGGGUUUGCCAGAAGCACAGCCAGUUGGAUUAUACCCCUCAUGCUAUUGUUCAGCCUAUUGCUAUGACAUUGACUUCUGAUCUUUCCAAUUGCCCUCAAUGUUCCAAAGCUAUGUGGGAGGAUGGACAAAAGCUCUCUGCACCAAAUAGCACUAAGUCAAGCCGAGAGGGGGAUCAGGGGCAGGCUAGUGAGAAGGGAAGCAGGAGUGGUGACAGCACUUCUGAACUGGACAAGGAGGAAGAAGAAGAUGGCGAAGGCUUUUGUGAAAGUCUCUAUGUGGAAAUAAGAGUGAAACUUAGAGGAAUAGUCGACAGCAAAUAUUUCAACAGAGGAAUCAUGAUCGCCAUUCUUGUGAAUACAAUAAGCAUGGGCAUUGAGCACCAUGAACAGGUAAGUGACUUACAUAUGGUUUUUCUCUACUGGAUAAAAUCACACUUUGGUUCUCUGUUUUUCUUAGAAUAG